AUGAAGGUCUUUGCUUCAUCAUGCACAUUCGAUUACUCGUGGGAGGAGGUAUCGACCGCAAAUUGGCGCAAGUACUGCCCUUGGAAUGACAAGUCCACACAUGUCGUGGCAGUAGACACUCUUUCUCGAAGCGUGGAUUUGCAAACCGGUAUACUGCGCACCGAACGUUUGAUCACCUGUAACCAGUCCGUCCCACAAUGGGUACUCUCACUAUUUGGAGGCAGCGCUACGUCUCAUGUGUACGAAAUAUCAUACGUUGAUCCGAUUUCCAAAAUAGUCACGAUGAGCUCGACAAAUCUCACGUGGUCAAAUGUCCUCAGUGUCAGGGAAACCGUUGUCUACCAACCAUCACUGCUGGAUCCAUCUUCAAGUACACAGUUCAGCCAAGAAGCGAAGAUCACCGCUCUAUGUGGGGGAUGGCAGAAAAUCAAAAACAAAGUCGAGGAGGCCAGUGUUGAACGCUUUAGUCAGAACGCCAAGCGAGGUCGAGAAGGAUUUGAAGCUGUUUUGGAAAUGAGUCGACGAGUUUUCAGUGAACAACGCGAGCAUGACAAGAGCCAACUCUGA